AUGGGAAAAAAAAAUAAUAGUUAUCCAAGAGCAGUCUGGUAUAUAUUUGGAAACGAACUGUGUGAACGGUUUAGUUAUUAUGGACUUAAAGCUGUUUUGGUUUUAUUUUUUACAAGUAUUCAAAAGUAUGACAACAAUACUUCCACGAUUAUAGUUCAUAUGUUUAUUGUCUUUCAAUCCAUAUCAACAUUGUUUGGAGCCAUCAUCGCAGAUUCAUACUGGGGAAAAUAUAAAACAAUCUUCAUUUUGUCUUUUGUGCACGCAAUGGGAAAUAUCAUAGUGGCUAUUUCAUCUCUCGUCACUUCAGUCAGUAUGAAUUUUCAAAGAUUAUUUACAAUAUUUGGAUUAUUGAUAACAGCAAUCGGAGCAGGUGGUAUAAGACCAUGCGUCUGUGCUUUUGGCGGUGACCAAUUUGUAAUGCCAGAUCAAGAAGAUCAUCUGCAAAUGUACUUUUCGAUAUUUUACUUUACUAUCAAUUUAGGGUCAAUGUUAUCGUCUUCCAUUACACCGGAGCUGAGGAAAUCAGUUCAGUGUUUUGGCAAAGAUUCCUGUUUUCCAUUAGCAUUUGGGGUGCCUGCUCUCCUAAUGCUGAUCUCAAUAGUAUUCUUUGUAAGUGCCAAGAACAUGUAUACGAUCAUUAAACCCACGUCCAGUGUCAUUACAAAGUCAAUUGGAUGCAUAUUUCACGCAUUGAGAAAAAAAAUAACCGCUUCUUCAAAUGAAGCGAAAAGGAAAGAUUGGUUGGAAUACGCAGAUGAUAAGUACAGUACACAUGAAAUAUCUGAUUUGAGAUCAGCGUUGGAUGUUUUAUUUUUGUUAAUUCCGAUCCCAAUGUUCUACACACUUUUAGAUCAACAAAGUUCUCGUUGGGUUUUGCAAGGAACACUAAUGAAUGGAAAAAUCGAUUUUUUAAAUUGGAUUUUAAAGCCUGAUCAAAUUCAUUUAAUUAACCCAUUGUUCGUUUUAAUAUUUAUACCAUUUUUUAAUGUGGCCGUCUAUCCACUUUUGUAUAAAAUUGGUAUAAAUACAGAUUUUAGAAAAAUCAUUCUUGGUGGAAUGUUUGCUGCACUAUCAUUUGCAUGUGCUGCUGUUGUCCAAUACACGAUAAUUGGCCAAACCUCUUCCAUACCGUCAAAUGAAAGCCAACUCAGAAUAUACAACAAUUUUGAUUGCAAUGUAUCCAUAUCCGGUUCAUUAGUUGGAAACUUCAGUAUUGAACAAUUAGAUGUACUUCAUAUUAAUUACAAUACAACUGUAUUUAAUGAAACUGACGUCUUAUCCAUAGACUUACUUUCUUCUUGUGAAUUAAAAUCGAAUACAUUGAAACAACAUGUUUUCAUCGAAAAAGGGAUGGUUUCGUCAUAUUUGUUAACGUCUAAAAAUAAUGUUGAUAUUGAAUUAAUACAUUUAAGCGAAUUGAAAAAAUUAAAGAACGGAAAUUCAAAUCUUAGGAUUUUGAAUGAUAAUUUCUCCGGCCAAAACAUUGCAUUAAGGAAUACUAAUAAUAAAUUGUCCGAAAUAAGUUUUAAACUUUCAACGAACCAAGAUCAAUCUUAUGAAUUACCUGUCGGAAUUUAUGAUAUAUAUUUGGAUAAUGAACCUAUUUUGCAAAAUGUUGAAUUUCUCCCUGCUAGUAUUAAUGACCUAUUAAUUCACCAUAACUUUAACCAGACGAAUGCUAAGUUGAUCACUUUAGAAAAGGGUAAAUAUAUUCAUAUUCUUUGGCAAGUUCCGCAAACGAUUUUAAUUACAGUGGCUGAAGUAAUGGCUCUGGUCACAUUAUAUGAAUUCGCAUUCACCCAAGCUCCAUUGAGUAUGAAGUCAUUUCUUUCAGCAGCCAAUUUGUGUGCAGCGGCAGUUGGAAAUUCACUUGUAGUUAUUUUUUCGAAAAUUGGACUAUUUGAAAAUCAAGGUCAUGAAUUCCUAUUUUAUGCAGUUUUAAUGUUUUUGGAUAUGAUACUUCUUAUGGCUAUGAGCACCAGAUACAAGUAUAAACGUGUAAGCACACAAUGA